AUGUAUAAUAGCAAGCUCAAGUAUCCAAAAUGGCAGUUAUCGACCGGAAAAUUUGUAGAAGACACGAUGCAAGCGUUUGCCAAGGAAUGUCUAUAUGAACACUUUUCUCUUUCAUUGAUCUUAGACAUCAGUGAUCCUUGUUGGAAAUCGUAUUUCACACCUGCUGAAAUGGUAGAGCUACGCACGUACCAUAAGCCCGAGCUCAAGCCGUUGCCAAAAGAAGUAAAAGAAUACCUGGACAAGUUCUCCGGUGUUUACGAUCUCAACAAGCUUAUUGAUAUCCAUAUGCAAAAUCGCUUCCACCCAUCUCAAGCUGAUUUGCAUUGGGUUGAAAAGACAAUUGGUGACAUCUUGGAUCUAUACUAUUAUAGCUAUGAUGUUGACAACAAAACGGAAGCCGAUCUGCUGGAGACGAAUAACGAGCCUUUGGAGAUUGAAAAGUGGGUCGGCAAUGCUUGGUGGCUGGAUGCGCCAGAGAGACGUAUCAUGUAUCGAUGCAAGGCACAAAGUGUCGUUGUGUCGUCGACGGCAACAUCAAGUAGUAGUAGUCAACAACAACAACAGCAGCAGCAGCAAUUGGAUGCACCACAAAAACUGGUUGAAGCCAUUGCUGAUGCACAAAAGGAACUGAAGCAAAAGCAACCGCACUUGUUGUCUGAUGCGCCACUCGUAUCGUCAACCAUACAGUCAUGGACUGCUGCUGUUCGAUUGCCAGACGGACGAUUAGUUGUUGGAUCACAUCAUGGCGUCACCCUAUACCCAUCACGUGAACGUAUCAUCGAAAUCGAUUGCUUCAAACUAGCAAUUUUUGCAACGAACCAUCACCACGAUAGCGGACCAUUUCUUGUUGUUACCAGCCACCGUCGCCAAGUCCUUUUGUUAUACAAACUCGACGGAAAUAAUAACCGCAUGAUGCGGGAUCAGCAGCCGUGUAUGAUUGAAAAUGUCUUGGGCGGGUUCCAUGUCAUUGAUUAA